UUUUUGAUUUUCAAAAUGAAGUUGCUAGUAUUAUUUUUAACAUUGGUCGCCUGCAGUAGCGCCGUAUCCUUCUUUGAUUUGGUGAAGGAAGAAUGGAGUUCAUUCAAGUUGGCCCACAAGAAGCGCUAUGAAAGUGAAACCGAAGAAAAGUUCCGUCUCAAGAUCUUCAUGGAAAACAAACACAAAGUUGCAAAACAUAACCAACGAUAUGAAAUGGGUUUGGAAUCUUACAAACAACGUAUCAACAAAUAUGCUGAUAUGUUGCACCAUGAAUUCGUCCAGACUUUGAAUGGAUUCAACAAGACCAGCUUCUGCUACGCUUUACGUAUGGGACUCAUAUCAUUCGUAUCUAACCCCUGGUGGGUGUUGCCGAUUGAAUUUUUCAUGCAAGGUCCAACCUAUGCAUUGUGCUACACAACAAUUGUUGCCUAUGCGAGUGCAGUGGCACCAGAAGGAGCUUCAGCAACCGUUCAAGGUAUUGUUGCAGGUAUGGAUGAUGGUUUUGGAUUUUCAAUCGGCAGUUUAAUAGGUGGAUUUCUGAUGAAAUCCAUUGGAGGUGCUUUAUCUUUUAAAGUUUUUUCAAUAAUGGCCUUAUGUUGCUGCAUUGUACAUUGCAUUUUGUACUUUACUGUCCUUAAGGACAGAAUGGGGACACACAAAAGUGUUUUGCAAAAGACUCUUGAGAGCAAGGAAAAGGGGCAAUAUGAAACACCACAAGUAGCCUUAUCACAAAAGCAGGACCAUGCUUAGGUGUCUUCCAUAAAUGAUAUAGUAUAUCAUUGGUCAUACAAUUAUUAGUUUUUAUGUGUACAUAUAAAUUAUUUAUUGUAUAUCUUGUAAAACAUUCAAAAUUUUAAUUCACUAGA